GCGGGGAGGGAGGGAGGAGGCCCGCGAGGAGCUCAGGGUGUCCGUAGCUCUUCUUUUUCGCCGCGAUGAAGCGCCCUUGCGAGGAGACGACCUCUGAAAGCGACCUAGACGAGACCAUCGACGUGGGGAGCGAGAACAAUUACUCCGGGCACAGUGCAAGCUCAGUGAUGAGGUCCAAUUCACCUACAACCACCUCUCAGAUUAUGGCAAGAAAGAAAAGGAGAGGGAUCAUAGAAAAAAGGCGUCGGGAUCGAAUAAAUAACAGUUUAUCUGAAUUGAGAAGACUAGUGCCAACAGCUUUUGAAAAACAAGGAUCUGCCAAGUUGGAAAAGGCUGAAAUUCUGCAAAUGACAGUGGAUCAUUUGAAGAUGCUCCAGGCAACAGGGGGGAAAGGCUACUUUGACGCCCAUGCCCUUGCCACGGACUUUAUGAGCAUUGGAUUCCGAGAAUGCUUGACAGAAGUGGCGAGGUACCUAAGCUCUGUGGAAGGCCUUGACCCUUCGGACCCACUACGCGUGCGCCUUGUCUCUCAUCUCAGCACCUGUGCCUCCCAGCGGGAGGCAGCAGUGAUGACAUCCUCCAUGUCCCACCACCAUCACCCCCUGCACCCUCACCACUGGGCAGCGGCCUUCCACCAUCUCCCCACAUCCCUGCUCCAACCCAAUGGACUCCACACAUCAGAGUCAACGCCAUGUCGCCUAUCCACGUCUUCAGAAGUGCCUCCUGCUCAUGGCUCUGCCCUCCUCACAGCAACAUUUGCCCAUGCAGAUUCUGCUCUUCGGAUGCCAUCAACGGGCACCGUCGCACCCUGCGUGCCACCUCUCUCCACCUCUCUCCUGUCUCUUUCAGCUACUGUGCAUGCCGCAGCAGCAGCGGCCACCGCAGCUGCACACAGCUUCCCUCUGUCCUUCGCAGGGGCCUUUCCCAUGCUCCCAUCCAAUGCAGCAGCAGCCGCCGCGGUUGCCGCUGCAACAGCAAUCAGCCCACCGUUAUCAGUGUCUGCAGCCUCCAGUCCUCAGCAGACAAGCAGUGGAACAAACAGUAAACCUUACCGACCCUGGGGGACAGAAGUUGGAGCCUUUUAAGUUAUUCUUGAAUCUCUUUGCAAUAGUAACUGGUGUCCUCCGUUUCGGAAUCAGCUUCAAACCUCUGCACCCGGACGGUAGUCAUACAGAUACGUCCAGAUCUCCACAGCAGCAAUAAAGCGAUUUGAGAAGAAACUUCCCACAAAUGGAAAUGUAGUAUUAUUUUUUCCUUUGUUUAAGGCAGCUUGGCAACUGACAUCAACAACUUGAAAGCCGCACACCGGUUUCCAUUUAAACUUUCUUGGAAAAUACACCGAUGUUACCAUCCAGUAGUGCAUUUAUACUCCUGAUUUGGAAAAGAAAAAACCCCAUAACUGAGUUCUCCUGAUGCAGGAAGGGAGAAGAAAAAAAAAAUACCAUGUUUCCUAAGUGCCUGAACUAAGAAACAUAAUGUAGCACAAGGUCAGAAGGGUAUAACCGUUAAGGUGAGAAAGGGAGAGUGCAGACAAGGUGUCGGGCUGCAGAUACAGUGUUCUUUGGGAACCAGAAAGAUGAAUGAAAGUUAAGUUGAAAGACCUAGUUUUGUCUUUGUUUUCUUUAUACAGACUUGCCAGGCAGUGACAUUUAGCAGUGCACUGAAAUAAAAAUUCCCCCAGAGCCCCCAUUAACAAGCAUUUCUGGUCUGCCUUCAAGCUUCCGUACCUCUGGUGAGCCCUAGCUUAAAACGCUAUGCUUCUUUAUGUAAACUUACAGGUAUACAUGCACUAGAAGCAGUUACCUACUGUGUGCCCACCAGAGGUUCACUCACACGAACGGGAAAACUUCAGUUUGCCAGACUUUGGAUUAAUUUAUUGUUUCACUUGGACUAUGUUUAUAUAUUUAACUUCUUCAGUUUUCUCCUGACAACAUGUAAUGUCUGUUCUUGUCUGUUUGGGGGUGGGGGGGGUGUUGCAUUUUUGGAAGUAACGAGAGAAGGAGAGAUGAUAUGGAAGGGAAAAGCUACAUGAUGUAAAUGUCUUGGUCAAAUCACAACGAAUGUAUGGAAUGAGUUGUAUAUAAAUUAUUUUUGUCCAUGCAUAGACUAGUGCUACAUAAUGGUGUUUUGGUUUUGAUUUUUUUUUAUCUUAACAAUGAAAUAAUCUCUUAAGACAUUGAAAUUGAGCACAUGAGAUUUUAUAUUUGAAAGAAUAAGGCACAGCAUGUAUUCUUAUGCACUUCGUUUCUCUGCUGUGUGGAGAAAGCAGUAAACAAGAGAAUAUUAAACAUUAUGCAAAGUUAUACUCAUAAAUAUGUUUUUAAAAUUACUGUACCUAGUCUCUUCUGUAUUACUUUGUAACUUUUUUCUAUGCAAAAGUCUACGUGUCACUAAUUAAAUGACGUCCUUUUUGACUAUUUC